AUGGAAGUGAAGAAGAAGAAAAAUACAGGCGGGAAAGGGAGGUACUGUGUUGCUGGAGCACCUAACGAAACCAGCUGUACAAAUAAUAGUUACAUGCCUGGAGUAUCGAUGCAUAUUUUCCCAAGAAACCCGCAGCAAAGAAGGCAGUGGGUCUCUUUCGUUCGAAGGCAUAGAGCCGGCUUCACUCCAUCUGCUACUUCCGCAUUAUGCUCAAUCCAUUUCAAACCGACUGACUUUGCGAGGAGAAUAGACAUUAGCAUUGGAAACCCAAGUGAAAACAUUACAAGCCUAAGAAGGCUUGAAAUCGGAGCGAUUCCAACAAUCGAUGCAGCUGGAACCCUUUCAGGAACGCCGGAAAGCGAAAGGGAUAAACGGAAUGCGAGAAAGGCUUUAAAAAAAGCGAUAGACGACGAAACGAUAGCGAAGUUGCCUAACAUUGACCCUAAAACCAAAGACACUGCCGAUCCCUUCAUCCUUGAAUCAGUUCAAUGCUCAAGUGAGGCUCAUUCAGACGAAUCUGUAGACACCCUAACCACAACAAAAGAAGCUAGCUGCCUUAAAUGUCCAGUUUUGUCAGCUAAGCUAGUUACAUGCCAGAAAAAGAACAGUAGGCUAAAGAAAGAGGUGAAGAUGCUGAAAAAGAGAGUACAUGAGUUGGAAAACCAGAAUGACGAUCUAUCCAGCUCUGAUGAUGAGGAAACGAAUCACCAAGAUGCUGAUGGUGACAUUUAUUAUUAUGAAGAAUCGGAAGAUGAUGGUGGAAAUGAUGUUUUGUAUGAUGUUUUAGAAGAGAAUGAUAAUUUGGAUUCUAGUGACAGUAAUGUUGAUUAUGGGGAGGCAGAAUCAGGUGGAGAAGAACCGGAAGAAACAAUUGAAGAUGCCUUCACUAAUGCCACUAUGAGAAGAACAAAAAAUGCAAUCAACAUCGAGGAAAAUAUUUCAACCCAAGACGAACCAAAGUUCAUUGUAUUUCAAUCAAUGUUGGUGGCAUUAUUUUCUUUGUUCUGCUUCAAAUGUGGAGAAAAGAAACCAUUGGUUGAAUUUGUUAAGUAUGGUACCAUGGUAAAGGUCAUCCAGUCAUGCAGGAAAUGCAAAAGAAAAUUCAUCUGGAGCAGCCAGCCAUUGGUCCUGGGGCAGAUUCCCGCUGGCAACAUUCUGUUAAGCUUUGCUACUCUUACUGCUGGUGCAUCUAUAAGCAAAGUACUGCUUCUUUUUCAGCACAUGGGAGUGUGCUGCUACCAUGCUCGAACAUUUUUUAAGCACCAGAAGAAGUUUCUGUUUCCAACCAUUAUUCGAUGCUGGGACCAAUCUAGAGAAAACAUGCUUGCUACCCUUAGAAAUAUGAAUAAUCUUAGCUGGAGUGGGGAUGGUCGUUUCGAUUCUAUGGGACAUAAUGCAAAAUAUGGUGUAUACUCGAUGUUUAACUCUUCCAUCUCCAAGAUUGUCCAUUUCGAACUUUUACAGGCAAAUGAGGCAGGAACCAGCAAUGCCAUGGAGUUGCUUGGAGCAAAGAAAUGUUUUGCCAGUCUACAGAAAGAAAAAGUUGACAUAUCAACAUUUGUAUCAGACCGCCAUACUGGGAUUGCAAAGUGGAUAAGGAACAACCAGAAAGAUACCCAUCAUUAUUAUGACAUUUGGCAUGUGGCAAGGUCAAUUUGUAAAAGGAUUUCACAAGCUGCUAAAGAGAAAGGGUUGGACAGGCUGCAAUAUUGGGUCAAGGGAAUUCGAAGACAUUUGUAUUGGUGUGUGUUAUCGACAAGACAAGGCUUUGGUGCAAUGAUUGCUGCUAAAUGGACAUCCAUUAUGAGGCAUAUUGCAAACAGGCAUGAUGGCCAUGACAAUCCCCUUUUUCCAAAAUGCAAACAUGAUCAACUGGAGAAGAGAAAAUGGAUCAAAAUAGGGACACCAGCCUAUGAUAAACUUGAAUCAAUUUUGAUGAAUACCAGAAUCAUAAAUGACAUAAAGAAACUCUCGCCAGACCUACAAACAAGCUGCCUUGAAGGGUAUCAUUCCCUUUUAAACCAUUGGCACCCGAAGAUGUUAUGCUUUUCAUUCAUUGGCACAAAGUGCAGGAUUAUACUUGCUAUUCUCCAUUUUAAUGAGAAUUUACGUCGAGAAAGGCGAUCCACAAAGACUGGACAAAAAUCUCUCCAUGUGACAUAUCCUAAAUACAAAUUUGGUGACGAAGUUGUUCGUGAAAUAGCUACCAAUCCCACUUAUGGUUAUAUAAGCGAACUCAAAGAUUUGCUGUUCUCACUUCCUGAUGCCGCAAUGAGUUUCAUAACAGAAAGGGAGACAGCAUUGGUCCCAGGAAACCUUACAAGCCAGUUCAAAGAUAGGGCAAACAGGCAAGAAGCUAUAGACUCCUGGAAGGCUAGGCAGAAGGCCAUUACAAACUUAUUUCCAUCAGCUGAAGAACAGAAUCUUUUAGCAGACCAACAAGAAGCUGAUGAUGUGUCAGCAAGUGUCCCAGCUUCAAAAAAGAAGAAAAUGGCAGUACCUCAUUGUAGAAAGUGUGGACAACCAAGAAAGGGACAUACUUGCAGCUUUAACACAUAG